AUGUCAAAUUCCAAGUUGACACCUGGAAGCGACGCCGCAAAAGCGCUUGUUUUGAUAGGUAAGACGACUUUCAACGUCUUACCAGCUUCGGAAGUUAAUUCGGAUGAAACCGAACAAGUAUUCCGGACCACGGUGCCCAACAUGACAAUAAGUAUGGAGAGUGUCAAUCAGGCUAUAGAAGAAAUCGCACCAACCGGGCCAUACUUUCGAGGUUUUCUGCCAGGCGAUGCCAUUCGUCGUAUAUUGAGUGUCUCUCGGAGUCCUCAACAGACUCAGAAUGAUUGGUCUCGUGCGGAAAGUGAGACGGCCUUGCCUUACUCUGAAGAAAAUUAUGGAGGAGUAAUCGCUAUUGACUUGAUGAUUGAAGAGGUCUCCGAACUAUCAUAG